AUGUCUUCUGCCGUCCCGAUGACAGAACCUCACGAUACUCGUGACGACAUCAGCAAUUAUGGAUCAGAUUUCUCGUCAGAAGAAGAAUCGAUACUGCACGAUUUGCUGAAGGUGGACAUUGACAAUCCUAAUAAAGACAUCAGUCUUGAAGAGGAAGGCGAUAGAAAUUAUGAAGGUCCUCGACGCCUCAAGCUGCCUCGUACAACGGGCAAUAGUCAGCUCAGCUCCCAAGAUGCGCCCCUCAAGAUGCCUUCCCUCAACGAGCUUCCAGUUGAUACGGUUGAUCAGCACAACAAGAGCGCGUCAACGGAUGUGGCAAGCGAAGAGUCCCGCGCAGUCCUUCAAAACCCUGCAUCUAUCGAAGCACCUGUAGAUCCCAGGCCAGAGCAGGCGGAUUUGCGGUCUCCUCUUGAACGAUUCCGCUCGAAACCUCGAAAAGCCUUCUCCGUUACAGACAUGAUCAGCCCUUCCUGGUGUGAACUGCAAUACUGGUACGUUUUGACAAAGCAUGGCAGGAAGAGACGAACGCCAGCUAUGAAGCAAGGGACUGCCAUACACAAGGUUCUCGAAGAGCAAGUGCACACUACCGUCGUAGUCGAUGUGCGGACUAAAGAAGACUCUUGGGGACUCAGAAUAUGGAAUGUCAUCCAGGGCCUUCGCACUCUGAGGGAAACAGGUAUGACUAGGGAGCUAGAGAUUUGGGGAACUGUUGAUGGGCUUGUGAUGAAUGGAAUCAUUGAUGAGCUCUCAUAUACAUGCCCGGAUCGUGAGCUCGAACACGCACAAGAGAGUACCAAAAGUGAUCAAACGCCACUUGAUGCGGACCAGGCUACUAUUACUGACUUUCUGGGUCCUUCUGGAACCUUAGAAUCAAACGGCAUGGAUAUCAUAAAAACUCUGCAAUCUACCGCUCAGAAAAGGAAUCAACGAGUAUAUGUAGCGGACGUGAAGACAAGAGGUGUCAAGACUCUUCCCAAAGGCUCCACCUUCCGACCAACUCUCCUUCAAUUGAUGCUUUACCAUCGUACGCUCGCAGAACUGGCUACGAAUAAAGUGGAUCCGAUUGUGCUUUUCGAUCGCUACAAUCUUAAUCCCGACACACCUUUCACCGAUGGCUUCAUUGCUCAAGUCGGAAGUCUGAAUGACAACAUUCAUGACUCAUCUGUUUUGCCUUCGGAGGCAUCUCAACAAGAAUCAAUGUCAUCAGAAUACGUAACGGCAGCCUCAAAUCAAUCGCAGGCAAAGUCGAAUUCAAUGGAAUACGCAACAGCAGCGUCUCAGCAAACACAAUCAUCCCUGGCCUCAACUCAAGACAGUAUGACCCAGCUUCUCGGUCAUAACUCUAUCCGUGAGCUCUGGUACCUCAUGAUCCGUGAGUUUGCCUUGACUUUGCCUCAUGGAGCUAAAAGCCUUGGCAACGUCCUCAAGGCUGAAUACCGGGAUUCAACGAGCGGAGACAUCAUGGGAGCUAAAACGUUCCUCUAUGACGAGAAUACAAUAGAAAAGUAUCUCUCGAGCGAACUGGAGUGGUGGCGGGGCGAACGUGCAGCACAAGGGGUAAGCCCCAGCGAGGCAUUCAAAUGUGGAUCCUGUGAAUUCUUCGACGACUGCUCCUGGCGUAAGAACAAAAUUGAGGAUGCUGUCAACAAGAUGAGAGAUAGAAGACGCAGCUUAAUAUGA